UCGUUACAAACAACAACGGCGCAGUUUACGCGAGGAUAUCACAAAUAGCACCUGAAUUCACAAUGGCUUCGAAGGUUGUGCUGGCGUUGUUCCUCCUAGUAUCUUAUGCAGCUUCAAUCUCAGCGCUGGAUUGCUUCGAUUGCACUAACAAAUACGAUUCUGACUGCACAUCGGGCCAGUCGCAGAACUACGAGACAUGCGCCGACUUAUCCGCAUAUAAUGCGACAGCGUGGUGUAUUUCCGUCUCGUUAGCUGACCCUUGGGUUCAACCAUUGGAAGUAAUAACCAACAGAAGUUGCUAUUGGAUGAAGAAAGAGGACGGCGACGAUAUCUGCAAAGAUUUGGAAAAAUCAUACGUAAAUGUUACUCAGUGUAAAUAUUGCAAUACUGACAAAUGCAACAAUUCACCAAUCGUUUGAACAAGUGGAUCGCUACACAUUUUGUUAUAUUUCCCACCAGAAAUCGUCAAUACAUUUAUCAUUACUUUAUAAA